AUGGCUGACUUGUGUUUGGGUUUCGAGCCACAGAAUUAUUUAAAAGAUAGAUGUAGAAGAUGUUUUAGGCAUAAAGACAAGCAUGAUGACGUUAUUUUGAACGUUCAGCAAGUUCAACAGCAGAAAAAAGAAAGGAGGAAGAGCUGGAAGGAUCGUAUAGCCGAUAAUGGAGCUCCGGAUGAAGUGUCUGUGUCUGACGAUGCAGAAGUUCUGUCUGUUUCUUCCUAUUUAUCAGCAACUUCCAAAGGGUUCUCCUCUAUAAAAUCCCAAGAAUCUAUAAACGAUACUAAAAGUAUGGUAACGGCUAUCAGUGGAUCGAUAUGCGAAGAGGAACGAGCGAUGACACCUACAGAAGAUGACCAAUCCGUUCUUUUGGGUUUGAAAGAAGAAGUUACUCGAUUACGAGAAGAGAAUAGGCAGCUGAAGGAUCACAGAGAAGAAGUCGCCAAACGGAGAGCAUAUCGUCCGAAAGAUGAGUCUGAACAAAGCUUGGUUCAAAUGCUGGAAGAUAGGCUAAAUGAAGCAGAAAACAGCAUUCAGGAUUACAGAGAUGAAAACACAGUCCUGAAGUGUGAACUCCGCGAACUUCAGGAAACCACCUACUCAAAUUCUGAUCAAAAGCUGAAAGAGAAAAUCCAAACAACGGAAUCUUUAUGUGAUGAGUUGAUGGAAGAGAACGAAGUGCUAAAAGCUGAAGUCAAAGAUUUACAACAUGAAAUUGAAGAAAUGCAGGAUCAAUAUAGAGAAGAAGAAAUCGAAGAAUUUCGUGAAUUGCAAAGAGAACUAGAGCAGAAUGCCAAAAACUGCAGGGUUCUGCAAUUUAAACUUCGCAAAGCUGAACGCCAAAAAGAACAAAUCGAAACUGAAAAAAUGCAAGCCGAAACAAAGCUGAAGGAUCUCAAAGGAACAUCUGGUGAAAACGGAGUAAUACCAGCUCCCACAGAGGCCACCAAAAUCAAAGAACUCGAAUCAGAGCUUAGAAUCGCCAAAGAGGUUUCAGUUCGUUUACAUAAUGAGUUGGAACAGACUGAAGAAAAAAGAUAUAAAUUGGAAGAUGAAGUGUUUUACUUGAAAGAGAAAGUUCGAGAGUUGCAAACUCAAAGUAAAUGGCGAGAGGCUCGAAACCGUACAGACAAUGCCGUGAAACGAUUAUCAGCUGAAUUAUCAACUUCAAUCACUUUGCCCGAUGGAGACAUGAGUAAAGAACUGCGCGAUGCUUUAGAGAGAGAAAUUGAUAUUAGAGAGCAGUUAAGAUAUGCUGAGGAGGACCUCAAAAGAACGCAAAGUCGGCUUCAGGAAAUGGAGGCAGAGAACGAAUCCUUAUUGAAAAAAUUAUCUAAAUCAGCCAAGCUUCGGCCACCAAUGGUUCGAUCGGCAAGCGAGGGGAAUGCUCACUUACAGUUGGAAUUGGCGGAACACGAAGUGGAACAUCUGACAUCAAAAGUCGAAAGGCUCGAAAAGACGAACGACCACCUCACCAAGAAGAUUCUCGAGUUGGAAACAGAUUACACGAAGCGCAUCGAGGAGGGAGUCCGAUUAUGUGGUGGAGAGCUUUCGGCAGAAGUAAAACAGGACAUGAGCAAGAUGCUGGCAACCAUUAGUGAUUUGGAGCGCAGAAAUUUAGAGCUUUCACAUCAACUUAGAAAUCAAGAAUCUAAAACUCAAGCAUCAUCUAAUAACACAGCUUCUUCAUCUGAGCUUCGUACCGAACAAGAAAAGCGUCGAGCCACUGAAAUUGAAUUACAUGAAAUAAAACAAACGAUGCUUAAAACUGACAACCAAAAACUAAUUUCCCUAGCGACUAAGAUUGAACAACUGAACAACCAGCUGUCCAUGGCUAAUGAUCGUUGCAAUACACUUCACAAAAAAUUAGCAAAAGAGGGAGAUUCUGCAAAAUAUAUGGAUGAGCUGAAGCUCAAAGUAGAGAACUUAGAAAAGCAGCUGAGUGAAAAGAAAGCCUAUAAUACUAUUCAGGAACUACAAGGCAAAGUUCCGACAAGUGAUGAGAUUGAGCAAGUCUGUGAGGUCCUUGGCUCGAUUGAGUUACAAACCGUGCGGAUAAGCAAACAGGUGGAAAAAAUGGAUUUAUCACAAAAGGAUGAUCGACGUCGUUCUCUUUCUAAAGACAGUGGGGCAACAAUCAUUGCAGAACUGGCCCAUAUGAUGGAAGAAUUGAAGAAUGUUCAUAAAGUUAUGGAUACUAUCAAGUCUUCCGAUCCAACUGUUUUGAUGAGACGAAGUCCAUUACGAGAAAUGCUGAACACACCUGUUCCUAUAGAAUGUAAAAAAUGUAAAGAAAAUGAUAAAUUCGUUGAAGAACAACAGAACGAAAUCAUUUUUUACAAAAAGAAAAACAAAGAUUUGACCAAUCAAGUUUUACAAACGGAAGAUAGAUGGACGAUUGAAAUCGAAAAACAAAGACAAAUCUUCGAAAAUGAAAUAAAAAGUUUAAACUUACGAUUGACUGAUAAUAAAAGGCAACUGGAAGAACUGGAGCAGCUUCUGCAAUCUAGGUCAUCAGCUCUUUUGGAGAAAUCGAAAGGCUUAGAGGAGACGGAAGAGAGGCUGAAUCGAUUACAGAAGGAAUUUGAUGAUCAGAAGAAAGAUAUUCAGGAUAUGGAUAGUAACAAAAAAGCAGUUAAGGAGUUCGAAAUAAAGUAUAAGAAGUUAGAAAGCAUUUUUGAUGCUGAGCGCGAAAAGAUGAAUAGCGAGAGAAGCCGGAAUAAGAAUGAAGUAGUCGCAUUGAAGAAGAUUGCCGACGACGCUGAAGAUUUACUAAAAUCCACUACUGAGGAUUUGAGGAAGAAAGAUUUUUCCUGGAAAUCAGACAGAGCGGCACUUGAACGUGAAAUUGUAUCGUUAAAAAAACAACUGGCAGCUUCAAAGAACGGUGAAGGAAGUGAACACGACGAAUUAGAAAAAUCUAAUGAUUCUGAUAAAGCUGACUCCACUAAAUUGAGCCGACAUGAAAGCGACCGAGUCCAUAUAAUAGAUUUGAAAAAACAGAUAGCUCUUUUAGAAAAGAAGAACUCGGACUCUGAAGCUAAGCUAGAAGAAGUGAAAAUUUCGAAUGCAGAGCUGCGAGAUGAAUUGAAUAGAAUAAAACAAAGUUGGCAGAAGGAUAAAGAUAGCUUCCAACACAAAACAAGACAAACGGAAAAAAUUCGCAGUGUGGAAAUGGAUGCUGUUCAGCAGAAGUUUUCCAGCAGAAUGAGAAUAAUGGAAGAUACCAACAAAUCUCUUCAUUCGCAGUUGGUGCUAGCUCGACGAGAGCGUGACAAUCACAAAGAGAGCUUAACUAAAAUGGAAAAGAAGAACACCGAUGAGAAAAAAACUUUUGAUAUCAAGAGCAAAGAGCUGGUUGAAUCUUCUGAGAAAUUGAAGCAACAAGGAACUAAAAUCUGUGAUUUGGAAUCUGAAAUGGAGAGAAUCAAGACUGAUUUACGGCUAACCAAGGAAGCUCGUAAAGCUGAUCAAAUUUUAUGGAAUAUGGAUCGUGAAAGAGGACUCGUUCUUUCAGCGAGAACAGAUAAGAACACUGAGGAAGAGAAGAAGCAGAUGCAGUCCGUUCAACAGCAUUACAAGGAGUGUGAAAAGUUCUACACCAAUGAGAUGGAUCGUUUGAACGACAGAAUCAAAGAAAUUACUGCUUCAGCUAAUCAGCAAAAAUUAGAAACAGGGAAAACUAUGAAUGAACUACGAGAAACUAUCCGUAUGUUGGAAAUUGAUCAGAGGAAUUUAUGUCAGAACAAAGACACGCAAUCAGCCGCUAGAGAAAUGCUCGAAUCAGAAGCGGAGAGGCUUCAGCAAAUCGUGCAUAUGACAGAGCUCCAGAAAUUAACACGAAAGUAUAGGCUGUCUUCUAUUAUUGAUCAGUUACAAUACGUUACUGAUCCCCUCCGCCGUAGUGGUAAUCUAGAUCAUCCUGAUGGCAUGCGUUACAUUAUCAGCCAAUUGACGGCUAUUCGUGAUGAGGAUACGCAAUCAGUCAACCCAGAGGAUCGAUGCUCUUCGGUACAGCCCUCUUUGGCUGAGCAGCGAAAUGGUUAUGCUCCAUCAAUUAGCGAAUGUGGUGAAGGAACAUACGACAAUAUUUCGCAAAGCUCUUUCUCCAUCCGAUCGGUUACAAGUAUGCCCGUACGAAGUACAGUCAGAUGGUCUUCUAAUCAAGCAAGCGUAGUCAGCAGCACAAUUGCCUCACCUCCUACACAAAGCAAAACAUCUCAUGCAACUUCUGCACAAUCGAGCAGAGUUCAACUAACUUCACCAGUAGAUCGAUUGAAUGUUGAUGCCGCGAAUCUAACAUUCAAUUGUAAUGGAUCUCUGGAAACAUCUCCUAAAUAUCAAGGAAUAGCUGAAGGGCCGUUCCCACUUCAACACACGACAAGUACUCCGAAUGUACCGAAUCAUCCUGCAAGUAAAAGAUCAUUCAGUACCGAGAGCACAACUGGAUAUGAUCGAUAUGGCCGUCCGUUAAGUCAACGAAAGAUAGUUUAUCAAGAGCCGCAAUCUUUCCUAAAUCGCACAGCAUCUUUCGAUAGAAGAAGCGAGUUAGACGAAGAAGAACCGAAUCACAGCAGAUGUGGAAGCACUGGUACUAAUAUUCUGUACCGCAUUCGAAGAGAAGAGCUGGCAAGAGGAGGGCAACCGUCGGUUAAAUUGAUGGCUAAAGCUUUCGAGGCGAUCGAUGAUACAAAAUCAGAGAAAAAAGGGUUCUUCGGAAUUCGUAAAUCCCGCUCUGUUGAAGCAACACAAGACCGAGGUAAAAAGAAGGACACUUUGCGCACUCAGUACAGCUCAUGUCAAUCUCCCGAGCAGGAACCAAUCAUCAAUGCUUAUGGAACCUUACCACGCGGUGGACGGAACCCGUUCAAGCAUAUGGGCUCGAAACUUGUUGAACGAGUUCGCAGAAGCUUAUCACGGUCGAGUCGGCAAGAGAAAGAAAAAGAACUUCUGGAUGACUAUGAAAAACAAACUAGAGCAGAGUCACCGAAAAAGGAAAAAAUAUUAUCUUCACCAAAAAAAACAAAAAAGAAGUCUGCAGAAUCCAAAGCAAAGAAAGCCGCAGCAGGUGUUUGA